GUCUUGUUCUAAUCUCCGGGUUCGGAUCCGUUUUCCCCUCGGGUUCGCAUUUCGUAAGGCCCAGACGAGAUUGGCUCAUCUCGUCGGCUCCGGGCCCACCGGCAGAGGUCCGCGGCCUCGGCCCCGGGACUCAAACGGAUUGGACAAAAUGGCAUGUGGUUCAAGGAUGGCGACUCUGACAGGCGCAAAGACCGGACAUUGAUUGAAACUAUUUCCCUUCUUUUGGUUCUUUGUUCUUUGUUCUUUUCUUUUUCUUGUUUUGUUUUCUUUUCUUUUAUUUUGACGUUAGCCGCAACCCCGGCCCCGGUCAACUCCGAUCCCGUCUUCUUUCCCUUCGUUCGAUAUUCUCUUUGGGCGGCAUUUUCUGCUUCAUUCUCCUUUUCUUUCUUUCCUUUCAAUUUUCGCUUUGUGGCGUGAUAUUCUUUUUUACUUAAAUAUUUCUUAGCCCAUACCCCGGGGGAUAGUGUUCCUACUUUAUAUAGGAACAUUGAAACGACCAUGAAGGCCCCCGACAGCGUUCUCCCAGGGGCAGAGGGGAGUAACGGCGUUGCGGCACAAGAAGCCAACUCACAAACUCCGGAAAAUCACAUUGUUGAGGAGAAGAUAACAACAACCAACUCAAACGAAAACGACAAAGACCUCACAAGUCAGCAACAGCUCAACCGACAUGACGACACAACAGUAUGGUGGGACGGCGACAACGACCCCGAGAACCCCUAUAACUGGCCGGCAUGGAGGAAAUACACCAACUGCGGCCUCAUCAGCUUCCUCACCUUCGUCACCCCCCUCGCCUCGUCCAUCUUCGCCCCCGGCGUCCCGCAACUGAUGGUCGACUUUGGCAGCUCGAACCAGGAGCUCGCCGCCUUCGUCGUCUCCGUCUACGUCCUCGGCUUCGCCUUCGGGCCCAUGCUCAUGGCCCCGCUCUCCGAGCUGUACGGCCGCCUGCCCGUCUACCACGUCAGCAACCUGUGCUUCGUCGCCUUCACCGUGGGCUGCGCCCUGGCCCCGACCCUGGACUCCCUCAUCGCCUUCCGCUUCCUGGCCGGCGCCAUGGGCGCCUGCCCGCUGACCAACGGCGGCGGCAGCAUCGCCGACAUGAUCCCGCAGGAAAAACGCGCCGCCGCCAUGUCCGUCUUCAGCAUCGGGCCCCUGCUCGGCCCCGUGCUGGGCCCCGUCAUCGGCGGCGUCUUGCAGGAGCAGAAAGGCUGGCGCUGGGUCUUCUGGGUCGUCGCCGCCGUGAGCGGCUUCCUGGUCGUCGCCAUGCUGCUGCUGAUGCGCGAGACCUACGCGCCCGUCCUCCUCGACCGGAAGGCCCGCAGGCUGCGGAGGGAGACGGGGAACCCGGCGCUCCGGUCUCGCUUGGAUAAGGGGCUCACGGAGAAGGACCUCGUCCUGCUGACCGUCGUUCGGCCCCUGAAGCUGCUCCUGUUCUCGCCCAUCUGCACCGUCUUUGCCCUGUACAUGGUCCUGGUGUACGGGUACUUGUACAUCCUCUUCACGUCGGUGCCGUUCGUCUUCCAGCGCUCCUAUGGCUUCAGCACGAGCGACGUUGGUCUGGUGUAUCUGGGACUCGGCGUGGGAUCCAUGAUCGGCAUGGCCUGGUUUUCGGUCGACACCUCCAGGGACGUCAAGGCCAUGAAGAAGCUGCAGGCCGAAGAGGACGUCGGCGGGCAUGAGAACGAGAACGGCCAUGUGAAACCGGAGAUCAGGUUGAAGCUGCUACCCCAUGGGGCCAUCCUCUUACCGGUCGGGUUCUUCAUCUACGGAUGGACGGCCGACUAUGAGACGCACUGGAUGGGGCCUAUUAUGGGCUUGACAGUUAUUGGAGUCGGCAACAUCCUCUGCUUCAUAACCAUCACCAUGUAUCUGGUCGAUGCCUACACCAUGUACUCUGCCUCGGCCCUUGCCGCCAACACCAUCAUCCGAUCCAUUGCAGGUGCCGUCCUGCCGCUGUGCGCCCUGGAAAUGUACGACGUGUUGGGACUGGGCUGGGGAAACUCCCUGCUCGGCUUCAUCGCGACUGCGUUUAUUCCAGUGCCUUUCCUAAUUCUGCGGUACGGCGAGAAGCUGAGGACCCAGUUCAACAUGGAUACUCUAUAGGUCUAGGUCUCUCCAGGUUCUCUCAACUUCUUUGUCGGUUUGGCUAUAUUGUCUCUCAACUCUCUCUCAACUCUCGCUUAUACCCCCUUUCCCCCUACCCUACCUUAUGAUACUUGACAUGUACUUACUCUAUACUGUACGAGAAAAUGUACAGGGAAGUACAGCAGGUAGUAGAUAAUAAUAACAGCAUUGGCUUAGUGGGCUGGGGGUCUGGAAUUGGCCCCAGCUCGUCCUGUUCAGAAACCAAUACCUGUGCUAUCUACCCACCCGGUGUUCCUAAAAAUGUCUUCGUGCCGUCUCGGGGUUGAUGAAGACUCCGGGUUCCCGAUCCCAGCCAGCGUCCCACCAAUCUCAUAUGCGUUCCAAGGCUAGAUAGUGUCAUUAGAUGCCUC